AUGGCCGCAGCAAUGCCCGGCGAGGACGCUCCGUUGCCCGUCAACACUCCCAGGAUCGAUCGGAACGGACUGGGACUGGUUCACUGUUUCAUAUGCGGCAGCGGCGUCACACCUGGCAAGGAACUGCGGCUGCAGGUGAAAUACCAAAAGGAGAAGAGCCCCUUCUUCCCGUUUCUGCAAAACCAGGAGCCGGCGCCGGGUGCGUGUGAGGUGAGCCCGGACGGACAGGCGCUGGUGUGCGCCGUGUGCCACUGCUUCCUGGCGGAGCAGUGGAACUCCUUCGAGCGGAGCCGCACUCCCGUCGAGAAGCGCAUGUACUGGCUGAAGCGGCCUUACCAGUGCGACUCCCGGCGGGCUCCGCAGGAGUGGAACAUCUCCUACGACCUGGAGAGGAGGAUCGGCGGCGGCGGGCACAACAACUACGAGGGCGCCGACUCCGACUUCUCCUCCUUCUCCGACAACGAGAACAUCUCGGACCAGGAGCUGGAUUUCGCCGAGCGAGCCGGCGCGGUCAGAGACAAGUGUUUCAGGACGCCUGGCAAAACUCCGAGAGACGGUAACCGCAAGAACAGCGGCGCCGUCAUCAGCGUUAAAAGCAGCCCGGACUCGCAGCGGGCGGUCCGGUACCCGGUGGGGGUUUGCGGGGCGCAGCCGGGCUCACCCAAAGCGGAUGGCGCGCUGCCCGCGGCGCGGCGCGCCACCUCCACCGCCACCAAAACUAUGAAUCACGUCUGUCAUCCGCCGGAGUCCGCGGCCAAGCCUCCGGAGAGGACCCCGCAGCGGCGCUUCGACAGCCCUGUCACGCACACACCUGCGCAGGACAACGGCAUCAUUAUGUGCAACAGGCAGGGGCCCGCAGAAGGGAAUGUCAGACACGCGGAGCCGCGUCACAUCCAGCGGGCUGCCGACGGCAGCUGCGCCUCCGCCAGACACCCAGCUCUGCUGUACCGGGGCAGAGGGGAGGACGCACUGUUACCCGGCGGCGAACGUGACCUAGCUGCUCCCAAGGAAAACGACAUCAGCAACUCGGACCACUCGGACGAGGACGAGAUUAACAUCACGAGUGAUGACGACGACAGGGAUUUGCACAGCGGUAAGGUGGGCUCAGUGGUCCAGCUCAGGCCGUCGAGGGACCUUUCGGUGAGGAGUGGGGGCCAGCCGUAUCAGGCCAGCGGCGGUGCUGUCGCCGGUGCCAGUCCGGACGGGUACACCUGUUAUAUAUGUGGCUGUGGGCUGAGGCACGACGGGCGGUUUACAGUCAGUGUUCAGAAACAGGAAAGGGCACAGAGUGAGCCCUUCUUCCCCUUCCUCUGGCUCGACUCCCCUCCCCGGGGCGCGGUGCCCAUAAGUCCAGCAGGUACCACGCUGGUGUGCGGCAGCUGCCACACCUCCCUCAUGCAACAAUGGGAGGGCUUCCAGCUGGCGGAGGUGCCAGUGCUCCAGCGUCUUUAUGUGGUCCCCCUUAACCAAGCCACCAAUGCACUUGGUCCUUCCUGCCUCGCGUCCCGGGAAGGAAGGCCUCCAGAGCCCCCGGAGAGCUUACCUGAAUCCAGCGCUUCCCCCCGGGAGGCUUGUUACCUCUGUGGUCAGGAGUGUGGGAGGGACCUCAGGGUGGCAUAUGCACAGGCUGGUGUUGGCAAGUCCCGAGGUGCUAUGUACUUCCCCUUUAUCAACAUGCUGCCCUGCCCCCCCAGUGCCCAGAGAGGGAGAAAUGGCCGCGUUCACUGCUGCCCGCCGUGCCACGGCAUCCUGGAGGAGAUCUGGGGUGCGUACCGACUCAGCCUCAGCGAAGACCUCAUCACCUCCGUCAGCUCUUUUUUGGUCAGGUACCAUGCUGCUUUGGCUGUGGGGGGGUCUGGGUUAGCCCACUCUCAGGCGGGAAUGGUCUCUGGCACCGGUGGUAUGGUGUCGGUGUGUUACCUGUGUGGUGCUGAACUAGGUCCGGGAGGAGAGUACCAGCUGCACGUCAACCCACCCGGACGCUGCGGGGAGAGAGAGCCCUUUUUCCCCUUCCUCACCGUCCACCCUCCCGCCCCCCGCGCCAAGCCGGUGGACGCGACCGGCCUGGUGUCUUCGUGCAUCCUCUGCUACCACGACCUGCACGCCCAGUGGGUCCAGCACGAGAGCCAGUCCCUGGGUGCCCCCAACCCUUCCACCUCUGUCUCGUCGGGCGCCAGCCUACCGCCGGCCAGCUCCCCGUGGGCCCGCCAGUACAGCUGCGAAGCCUUCGUGUGCUUCUUCUGCAGGCAGGAGCGGCGCAGGCAAGGCGGGCUGUGUGCGGUCACCGUGGCCAAGCUGCCCGUGUUCCUGUACGCGCCUCGCAGCAGACGCACGCUCCUGGUGGACAGCGGGGGCCGACUGGUGAUAGGCUCCUGUGUCGAAUGUAAGGCCGUGGUGCAGGUGGGCCAGAGCAUGCAGCCGGACAGGCAGAGGGACAGGGACGAACGUGGACCGGGGAGCAGGGGCAGGAAAGAAACGGAACCCAGCCCUCCUCAGCCGAGACACAAGGAAGCAAAGCCGACGUUCUGCUGCAACUUCUGCAGCAUGCAGUACGUUAAGCCGUCGUGGGAUCGGUGGAAGUGUGAGUUGAAACAGAAACACAUCACCGGGAAAGACCCCGCGGUCGUAACGUUGUGUACACAAGACGUCCAGGUGGUCCAGAUGGGCCGGCUCACACAGCAGCAUGCUUCUGCUGAGGACAGAUCAUGCUCUGGGUCGUCCAUCAGCAGCGAGUCCUCUCCAGUGUCCUCCCCAGCAACGAAUCACAGCUCUCCGGUCAGCACGCCCAAGAGGGGUCCCCUUGGGCCAGCGCCAGUCCUGGUCCCCUCCGGGGGGCACAGUGUGCCAAACACCCCGCCCGUAGUCACCAUUGCUCCCACCAAAACCAGUAACGGCCUCUGGAGGACAGAGGGACGCCAGGCUGAGUCAGGACCUCGUGGGGCCAGCAGGGAGCGUCUGGGGGCCGAGGGAGUCCUCUCGCAGGAAAAGGGCGGCCCCUCCGUCUCUGCCCACCUCCUGGGAAACCCCUAUGCCUUUGGUUUGACCCCGGGUGCUGUCAUGCAGGACUCACGCUUCCAGCCACUCAAUCUGCCUAGACAGUUGCCACACGCAGUGCCCCCUGGUGCUGUAUCAGAGGAGUACCUCCGUGGUUUCCGGCCGUAUGCCACCGCUGAGGACGCCCUGCGCAUGCCGUCCUUGCCCCUGGGCCUGGACCCUGCCACUGCAGCUGCCGCAGCUGCCUACUACCAUCCAAGCUAUCUACCCCACCCCUCUUUCACACCAUACAGGAUGGAUGACCCAUUCUGUCUCACUGCGUUGAGGUCACCUUUCUACCCACUGCCAGGAGGGGGAGCCCUGCCCCCCCUGCACCCGUCCGCAGUUCACAUGCACUUGUCAGGCGUCCGCUACCCUGGGGACCUCGCACACCCCUCACUUUCUGCACUGCAAUCUGAGAGGCUCUCUGAAAGGCUUCAGCUGGAGGAUGAACUGCGGCAGCGAGAGAGGGAGCGCGAACGAGAGCGCGAACGCGAAAAGGAGAGGGAGCGCGAGGCCGAGCGAGAGAAAGAGCGGGAGAGGGAGCGAGAGAGGGAGAGGGAGAGGGAGAAGGAGCUGGAGAGAGAGAGGGAGCGGGAGCGCGAGAGGGAGCGCGAGAGAGAGCGGGAGAAGGAGAGAGAAAGAGAGAGGGAGUUGGAGAGGCAGAAGGAGAGAGCACUGAGGGAGAAGGAGCUGCAGGUUACCAAGGCCAUGGAGAGCCACUACCUGGCAGAUUUCCAUGCCAUGAGGGGGCAGGAGGACAGACCCAAGCUGGAGAGACUCACCCCAAAUCGGCCUGAAAAAACCAAAGAGGCUGCCCUUCCAGCCCCUAAACCAAUCCCGCCCGGCCUCCACUCUUCAAUGGUCCAAUCGCAUCAUGCCGUCCCAGGCCUGGUCUCCGCCCACGGCCUCUACAUGGGGCCCAGUACGGUGGGGGCGGGGCUCCCAGCCAACUUAAUGCUCCAAAGGACCAACGAGGAGGAGCGCUGGCUGGCACGGCAACGCAAGCUGCGUCAAGAGAAGGAGGACCGUCAGUACCAGGUGUCUGAGUUCCGCCAGCAGGUUCUGGAGCAGCACUUGGACUUGGGCAGGACAGCUGACGCACCAGAGCACAGGACAGACACACACAGAUCCAUACCAAAUCACCAUGAACCAGGGAACCGGGACCUCCACCCUCACCUGGGUGCCCCGCCGCCUCUCAUAUCCCCUAAACCUCCCCAACCGCUCCGUGAACACCACCCUCCACCUCCCACUACCCUUUGGAACCCCGCCUCCCUCAUUGACACCUCCACGGAGUCCAGACGUAACCACGAGCCCUCCGGGGUCGGCCAUUACGAGCUCAGUCGCCUGCCCCAAGGGCCAGCCAAACACGAAGACGGCACCCGGAGGAGAGACGGGGGAGCCAUGGAGAAGUACCCCCCGCUGAGAGGUCCCCCUGGCCUGCCCGAGCCCAGCACCUUCCUCGCUGAGCUGGAGAAAUCCACCCAGUCCUUCUUCAGCCAGCAGAGGGUGUCUUUGUCCCUGCCCAGCCAGUACGGGGAGCUGGGGGGAGCCGUGAAGAGCACGGCCGGGCUGAAGGGCUACCAGGUCCCCCAGGGGCCUAGCAGACACGGUCAGGGGUCAGGGAUGAUUACAGCAGCAGGGAUGGGGCAGGUGGCAGCCCUGGGAAUGGGAGCAGACAUAGCUCUGAUCUACGAUGAGUUCCUCCAGCAGCACCGCAGGCCCGUCAGUAAGCUGGACUUGGAGGAAAAGAGGAGGGCGGAGGCCAGGGAGAAAGGUUACUACUAUGAGCUGGAUGACUCAUAUGAUGAGAGUGAUGAAGAGGAGGUGAGAGCCCACCUCAGGAGGGUCACGGAGCAGCCGCCACUCAAACUGGAUGACUCCACAGAGAAACUGGACUUCCUGGGAGUGUUCAGCUUGACCACAGUGGCGCGGCGUGAGGAGCUGGUGCAGCAGAAGAGGAGGAAGAGGAGGAGGAUGCUUAGGGAGCGCAGCCCCUCGCCCCCCACCGUGCAUUCGAAACGGACUCCUCCCCCGCCCCCGCUGAGCACACGCUUCACCCCCGAGGAGAUGGACCGAGCGCCCGAACUGGAGGACAAGAAGCGCUUCCUCACCAUGUUCAGCCUGUGUCACGUCACUAUGCAGCAGAGAAGAGAUAAUGAAAGAGUGGUGGAACUUCUUCAGGCCAUUAAGGAAAAGAAUGUAACCUUGGACACCAUAAGACAUGCCCCCCACCCUCUAUGUAAGAGCCCCUCAGCACAGACCCCAGAUGCUGCUUCUGCUCAGCCUCCCAUUGAGUCAGAGGACCAGCUCAGUGCCAGACCGCACAGCCCAUCCUUACAUUGCCCACCUUCCCCCGGUGGCCACCCAAAACACCUCGCGGACACAUUAAGACCAAAGGAACCCCCACAUUCAGCUGUCUUUCCAGACAAGGCCCGGGGUCCCAGUGAGGGAUCCCUGUCCAAGAGGAGCUCCAGCCUGCUCAACAGCCUGCGCCCCCCACUGCCACUGCAGCCUAAAGAGGGCCUCUCCAGCAUCAACGGUCGCACCAAACCCUGGGACAGCUUCACGCCUGAAGAGUUUGCCCAGCAGUUCCACGAGUCAGUGCUUCAGUCCACGCAGAAGGCGCUGCAGAAACACAAAGGUGGCGCCACAGGGAUGUCGGAGUCCUCCCAUCUCCAGGACGCCUCUGUUCAUUACAACAUUCCAGAGCUGCAGGGCACUCCCAGCCGGCUGGCCCAUUCACACACACAGACUCACUCACACAUACAUCCUGUUCCCCACCCGCUCGCACACACUCACCCCCAGCCCAACGGGCAGCACUUCCCUCUGCCUCCGCACCGGGACGGCCUGGGAACGAGGGACGACCUGUCUGGCCCGGAGGACUCGGACGAGGAAGAGGAUGAGGAGGAAGAGGAGGCGCCUGCACCGAAAUGGCAAGGAAUUGAAGCCGUAUUUGAAGCCUAUCAGGAAUAUAUUGAAGAGCAAAGUAUGGAGCGACAAGUGUUACAGAGCCAGUGUCGAAGGCUCGAAGCUCAGAACUACAACCUCGGUCUGACCGCCGAGCAGCUGUCUCAUAGUAUGGGGGAGCUAAUGUCCCAGAGACAGAAGCUGGCGGUGGAAAGGGAGAAGCUGCAGGCAGAGCUGGAGCACUUCAGGAAGUGUUUGACGUUGCCACAGACACACUGGCCUAGAGGCAGCCACUACAAGGGCUACCCUCCCAGGUGACCCUGUCCGGCUGACUUGCUGGCCCUAGGGCCCCGGCCACCUCCCCUCUCGGACUGAUACCCAGAGUUUAUUUUUCAUGGCCUUGUUUACAUGGGUCCAUGGAGGAGCAGAUGGCUGGCUCGGACGGAUGGAGGGACGGAUGGGAGAGAGGACCAUACAAUGAAGGACAGGCUGUCUUUGGAUUGUGGCUGGUCAGAGAUGGUGCCACAAGCCACUUAUAUGUCUGCCAACCAAGCCAACCCUGGGAUCAGAUAGAGCUCUGGGCAGGAGUAACUGAAGACGAACACACACACGCACACAUAUAUACACACAGUCGUACACAGACACAAGUCACUCAUAUAUGUGUAAUGGUGCCCUUCUUCGGUUCCCUGCUACUUCCUCCUGUUUAGCUUCUGCCACCCCUCACAGCCACAACCACGCAGACAAUCCCGCCAACGGGGGAGCCGCCGCUCCCUCGGGAGGCACGCGAUCAAGUGACUUGAACGCUCCACAUCACCAAACCAAUGCCGAUGGCUCUGGCCAGCCAGACUGAUCUCAUCGCUGUGGCUGAAUGAGCCUUUGAACUGGAAAUGCACUUAUAGAAGAAGAACCUGAAGAACUACCUGGUGGUACUGUGUUAUGACAAAGAACUGUUGAGAAUUAGGGAAGAGCUAAGAAAAAUGCACAUUUUUGGAAAGAGUAAAGGAAAUGUUUUAUUUCAAAAUAGAAAAUUUGAGAAUAAAAAUUUUAAAAGGUGCUUCAGCCUUGUAUUGUACAUAAUAUGAAGACUAAAAAGAAUUUUGUAUGUUUUUAUUACUUUAAUCAUUGUUCUUUCAAAAGAAAAAAAGCCUGCCAUUUUUAUAUAUAUAUAUAUGUAUGUGUAUGUAUAUAUAUAUAUAUAUAUAUAUGUUUGAUGCUUUUUGGAUGGGUAUUAAAAGCCUUGCUUUUAGUGUUUGUACUGCUGCUGGCCAGAACAGCUCAUUCAGAAGUGUGUAAUAAAGAAAGGGGGGCGGGGGGGCGGGGGCACGCCACACUCCUUUACUCUCCUCUCCCUCUUCUUCUGCACUCUGCAGCUGCAACCCAGCUCGUCCCUAUUCCUCUGGCCUCUGUGCUCAGCCAAGCUUUCCUAGAGGUCCAUGGUACAUAGCUCUCGCCUGUCUUCUCAUGCCCCAUCUGCUCCUGUUGAAAUGGCCACUUCAACCCUGUUGGACCUCCUCUGCUCGGCGGUGGUUCCCCUUGCCUCCUGACAGAGAGUCUUAUCGCUCCUGGUUUGACAAGUUAGCCGGUGGUUUACUCGCACAAAAAGAGGUGAUUGACAGCCUCGUUGACAUCUUUAGGAUUCGUGCCACCGUACUUGGUGCGUGAGCCGGGAGGUAUUUCAGGAAAGCUGAUUGACUCGUGCCCUUUUUGCAUUGCCAUCCUAAUUAAGGGAGUCUCACCCAAUAAGACAGGAACAGACACACACUCAAGCAGUCAGAUAAAGGGUCUUUUGAUCACAUUGUCUCAUUUUUUUAUGGACCUUAUACUACCGCUGGACCUUUACGUCCCACUAUAAAUCACAUUAUGUAGCAGUGGACUACCAAACAUCAGAACAGUUUGCAAAUUACAUCUGAAAAGGUUAAAUCCCUUUGCAGCAGCCAUAAAAAGAAAACUGUGCCAAAAUGAUAGGCGUAUAGUAUGCCGUGUACAACUAUUAUGGAUUAAAGUUGCAAUUUGGUAGCCAACAUUUGAAUAAGAAUGGCCAACUUCAAACUCUUGUAUGAUUUUGUUUACUUCGGUAUCAGUUUGGUGCAACGCAGCUCCCUGCAUUUCCCCAAUUUAAAAACCAGUCAGUGACUUGUUCUGAUUUGCCAAGAUAUUACAAGCGAUAUAGACUGGAAGUGUUGCUUUUAGUAGUCCCACGCAGAACUUCUUUACUGUGUGCGGACACAAGCACAUCUGCAGUCGCAUUGCCCCUGCUGAGCUGGACAUCCCUGCCUUAACCCCCUCAGUCUUAUGGGCCGGCCUGUCCGUUUAUCCCUCAGCCCCCGGCAGCUCCAUCCGGUCUGUUUGAACGGGUUUGGGUUCAGAGCUGGAGCACGACGUCUUAGGUUUCGAAUCACAUUCAAGCCUUACACUUAUCUGUGUGCGGCGUCCUGGUCUACAGAUCGCCGGUGUGACCGGACCGGAGGUCACUUCCACUGGGCGUGGGAUGGGAGGUGUGAGGGAUACUGAUAGUUUAGAGGCCCCGUUGAUUGAAAUGAGGAUUUUUAUCAACCUGUUUUUUUUUUACUACCUUAUUUAAAGUUACAAUCCUGAAGGUUUACAUGCAAAACAAAUGUCAAUUUUGCUCCUUUCUACAGCCGGCGUCUUUAAGGCAAUAGGUAAUCCAUCAAUUUCCAAAUCACACACGCUUUUCAAUUUCCAAAUCACAAACGCUUUUUCUCAUUUUAAUGCUUUCUGUGUGGUAGGACUUGAAAAGUGGAUGUGAAAAUUACUAUGGCGCAUAGUGUUUUUCUUCUUCACCGCCGCGGCCAAAUAUAGAGAGGGGAAAGGGUGUUUAGACGGAGCCGGUAGAGAAGGCCUUUACCAAAAGCUAACACCCACUCUCAGUGUUUUGUUUUUGUUUUUUUUGUCCCCCUUUGGCCUGACGGGUAACACACCGAUGACUUCUUUUUUUUUCCCAACUAGAUCUCUGAGAUCUUGAACGGUCCAACACCAACGGAGUUACCCUUAUCAUCGUCAGUUACCUUUAAUUUAAACAAAAACAGCAGUCUGCAAGACUCUGGCUUUUAACACUCCACUGAUCAAGGAUUUUCAUUC